AUGGGUGCACUGCAAUCCUCACCUGGUCAACCAGAAUACGUUGAUCUGGCUGAAAAGACGGGAUUUUCAUUUGAACAGAUUGGAGUCCUACAUAAAAGAUUCAAGCAGCUAAGCCACAAUGAAGACUUUCUGCAGAGAGAUCACUUCAACAAAAUUCCAGAUCUAGCACUCAAUCCUAUCCGAUCGCAGAUCAUAGAGGCCUUCUUUGACAGAAGAAACUUUCGGCAGAAUGGCGAGGGCACGGUUCAUGAGAUCGGCUUUGAGGAGUUCCUGCUGGUCAUGUCCCAUUUCAGGCCCCCGUCACUGCACAUUACAGAGGACCAGCGUGAGAGCGUCAGGAGGGACAAACUGAGAUUUUUAUUCAACAUGCAUGACACCGACAACGACGGGACAAUAACCCUCGAGGAAUACAGACAUGUAGUGGAGGAGCUGUUAUCUCUCAGCGAGGCACUAGAGAAGGACACGGCCAAAAGCAUAGCUGAUGCAGCUAUGUUGGAGGUGGCUAGUAUUUCAAUGGGCCACAUGGAACCUGAUGAAUUCUAUGAGGGAAUCACAUUUGAGCAUUUCCUCAAGUUGCUGAAUGGCUUUGAAAUUGAAUCAAGAAUGAACAUUCGCUUUUUAAAUAUGGACACAACAAACUUAUGUAAGUGAGGUUUGAACACUAAACUAUGCAGUGACUCGGGGAAACCUAUUGAGGAUGCAUAAUUAUGGAAUUAUGGUUUCACUAUAACAGUAACUAUCUGCUGUUUCCUACACCACUUUGUUGCUUGCACUGAAUAUAUGCCUUACUCAUGUAUAAAGAACUAUGCAAAUUCAAAGAAAAUAUGUAUACAACAGUGUAGUAAGAGUAGUUCAUUUGAUUUUAAGCAAUAACAUGAGAAAAUCACUGAAACAACAGUCCGCCUGUUAAUAGUUGGACUAAGCAAUAAUCAAAUAUCCUUGUUUGGAGUAGCAGACAGUAUGACGCUAUGCAUGCAACUAUGGAUGCCUGAAGAACCUUUAAAAAAAAUGUUAAUGUGAUAAAUCAAUAACUCUUAAUAAUCAGGGACUUAAAAGUAUGCCUUUUAAAUAUAUAUCUGUGUCUAAUAAUAGUAAAGCAAUAAGAUGAUAUGCCUUUUAU